AAAAACAAAAGAGCCAGCCAGCCUAUAGCUGUCUUUCAUUAUCCCAGCUGAUUGUGACUGUGGUUGUCACAAAUGUAUAAAAGUGGGUGCUCCAGCAGCUUCUCAAUCAGGUCACUGAAACAGUCAAGGAACAAUGGCCGUGCUUGUUUUGUUGCUUUGCUGGAGCCUGGUCUCCGGAGUCUUUGCUUCUCAUCUGCAAGGUGGGAUCAUGACUUUCACACCCAAGGGAAGAAAUCCAGAUGGGACAAUCAGGGUGGACUUUCGUUACAAAGAGUCGUUCAGAACUGGAUGUCAUCGCGAGUUUUACUGGAACUGCCUUCAGGGAAACUGUGGUUCUAUAGAACACUUUGAAUAUGGGACAAUUGAUAGUGACCCUUUGGGAGACAGCUGGUGUCAGGCAGAGGGCUACAUGUCAAGAAGCAUAUCGAGUGAUAAACCUUUUGACUUGCAGGAGACAAGCUGCUGUUGGAUCUUCAACUCACACUCUGCUUCCUCAUGGCUGCUGUUGACUCAUGUAGAUCUGGGCACAAGAUCAGAUACUGGAUUCCCCAACAGAUCCCCAGUAACGACAAUCCCUCCAGUAAUCAGGGUCCCCCAGAACUGUCCAGCAACAUACUCAUUAAUGGCACAUGACCCAGAUGGGGAUCGUGUAAGAUGCCGAUAUGGAGUUGCAAGCUCCUCUGAGUGUUACAGCUGCUACCGACAUCCAAAUUUCCAUCUAGACGAGAGGACCUGUACUUUAUCUUUUAAUGGUGCAGGAUUCGGCACUGCACAUGUGUUUGAACUUGUACUGGAAGAUUUUCCGAGGCAGUACAUAACAUUAAGAUAUGGAGAUGGUACAACAUCUACCCGAAUCCCGUUCAAUUUCCGCAAGAAACGUCAAAUUUACACUACACCCUGGUGGGGAACAACUACAACUGCAUCGGGUCCAUCCACUACUCCACCUUAUAACUGGUGGUGGUAUUAUCCACCAACAACCACAACUGGGCCAAUCACUUCAACCCAACAAAACUGGUGGUGGUAUUAUCCACAAACAACCACAACUGAGCCAAUCACUUCAACCCAACAAAACUGGUGGUGGUAUUAUCCACAAACAACCACAGCUGAUCCAAUCACUUCAACCCAACAAAACUGGUGGUGGUAUUAUCCACAAACAACCACAGCUGAUCCAACCACUUCACCCCAACAAAACUGGUGGUGGUUUUAUCCAUCAACAACCACAACUGCUCCAAGCACUUCAACCCAACAAAACUGGUGGUGGUAUUAUCCACAAACAACCACAGCUGAUCCAACCACUUCACCCCAACAAAACUGGUGGUGGUUUUAUCCAUCAACAAUCACAACUGCUCCAAGCACUUCAACCCAACAAAACUGGUGGUGGUAUUAUCCACAAACAACCACAGCUGAUCCAACCACUUCACCCCAACAAAACUGGUGGUGGUUUUAUCCAUCAACAACCACAGCUGAUCCAACCACUUCACCCCAACAAAACUGGUGGUGGUUUUAUCCAUCAACAACCACAACUGCUCCAAGCACUUCAACCCAACAAAACUGGUGGUGGUAUUAUCCACAAACAACCACAACUGCUCCAACCACUUCUCCAGCCACCCCCGCUCAAACCACUACUACAACAGCAGCUCCAACCACUGCAGCUCUAACCACUACACCAUUAACCACUACACCAUUUACAACAAGCUCAAACUAUUAUGAUCCACUGAGCAAAAUACCUUUGCAAUUUGUUGUCCAAGUUGACUCUGCUGUGCCCUCCUGUAAUUUUGGGGAAUACAGACCAGAGUUUCUAGCUCCAACUCCUCCCCAUGGUAUCUAUGUAAAUGCUUCAGUUGGACAUGAAUUCCAAAUCCCUCUCAGAGCAGCAGCAACAAGGGACAGAAUAUAUGAUAUCAAGAUGAGUGGACCCCUUAACAUAACAAAAUCAUUAAAAAACUAUGAUAGCAACAGUGGAGUCAUCGAUGUAAUGAUUACGUGGACCCCAACUGAAAAUGACUUUGGUGAACACAUUCCCAUAUGUUUUAUUGCAGAAACAGUAAGUGGGUACCAGUCUGAAAUGAGAUGCAUUAUAGUAGUUGUUGUAAAUGAAAUAGGUGAAGCUGAUAUUGAAUGCACUGACACAACAAUGACUCUGUACAUUUCCAAGUCUUCGGUAAGAGGACUUCAUGAAAAUCAUUUACGUUUAAAUGAUCCAACGUGUUCAGUGACAUCCAAUGGCUCUCAUAUUAUUGCAAGUGUGUCUCUGAACUCCUGUGGAACAAAACUGGAGGAAACUGAAAAUGAUCUCAUUUUCAGAAAUGAAAUUACAUCAUUUGAUCAUCCUCAUGACAUCAUAACCAGAAAGCAUCAGAUCGAGAUACCAUUCAUUUGCAAAUUCCCCAAAAAGAGUCGACUCUCGGCCUCCUUCAAAGCACACAAGAGUGCCUACUUGUUCACAGAAGCCGGUUUUGGCAGUUUCACCUAUUUGUUUGAGUUCUAUGACAGCAGUGAUUUCAGCAGAAUGAUCAACCCAAACACUUACCCCAUAGAAGUGGAGCUACAGGACAUGAUAUACAUGGGCAUCCAAGUACAGUCAUCCCUUUCAACCACCCAGCUGUUUGUGGAGUCCUGCAGAGCAACGCCAAAUGAUAACCCCAACGAUCCCCUCUACUAUGAUAUCAUUAGCAAUGGGUGCAUUGAAGAUGAAACCACGGUUGUUUAUUUAAACAACCAGACAGAUUUCAGAUUUGGACUGGAGGCCUUUAAUUUCAUCGGGAAUUAUGAACAGGUGUACAUCAGCUGCACAGUCAUCCUGUGUGUAGCUGGGGAUCCCAGCAAUAGGUGUGCUCAGGGCUGCACCAAUGGUACCUCCUUUGGACAUCACCAUCGCAAGAGAUCACUGGCUUCACAGAGCCAGAGACACUUCAUAUCCCAGGGGCCUCUGCGCUUUGCAAGGAGCUCUUCAGGCAGCCCAGGCUCCAAUCUGAAUUUGAACUUGAACAUCCUGGUUGUCGCUGUUUCUUUCUUUGCUGCCGUUGCCCUGGUUUGUGGAGUUCUGAUCUACAAAGCGAAAAUGGCCAAGAUUGUCAAAUAUGAAACCGUUCCUUCUGCUGACUUCUAAAAUCAGAAAGAGACAAAACAGAUAUUUUAGUGAUCCCCUUGAAUUACCAUGGGAGAUUUUCCAUUUGAAACAGCCUAAUAGCUAAUAGGGUUACUCAACCACAAAUACAGGCAUCUAAAUCCAUUACAGUUUGAUCAUAUGUUUAGGUUUUUCUUUCUGCUAUAUUAAAAGUUCUUUCUUUAUAUCUGUUAAAGUAAUUGUAAAUUUAGCUGAUGAACUGGUGGCACUUUUUAAGAAUGUGACGCAAAUAUAAUAGUUGAACGAUUAAAGAUAAAAAAUGAAGCAAUUGGAUACAAAAAACCUGCUUUCAAUAAGUGUAUAAAAACAAGGUGUGAUUAAGACUAAGUAAUGUCUGUUUUUUCUACAUUGCAGAGUGCAUUUUCAUUCACAACAAUAGUAUCCUGUAUGUUUAUCUAUUAAUACCUCUGUUUGUAAGAUUCACACCUCAUUUCUAUGCAUACUUACUCUUCGUGUUUGGCUGGUAUUGUACAAAGGGGCUUCUUUUGUAGUUGGUCUUUUACUGGUUAAUUCUAUCUUUAAUUCAUUCAAUGUUGAGUGUUUAACUGUUGUGAGUUUUUCAUUUCCAUUGUGUGUUGCAUCUUGUCUCAGUGGGUUUUCAUGGUAAAUAUUUUAAUAAAUGCAUGCAUAAAUAAA